UUGGAGAGGAGGAGCACACACUUUUUUCCUCAUUUCACUACUACUACGUUUACCCUGCAGUCACGCUCACGCUUGCAUCACUUUGUCUCCACGUCUGGCUGCCCCCUUUGCAAACUAUAAAAUAUUUGACACUUCAGGCUUCUCCACAGCGAUCCUUCUGCUUUUGACUUUCUGUUCCACCAUCAACCAUGUUGGUUAUUUUGGCCUUCAUCAUCCUCUUCCAUAUCACCUCAGCAAUACUACUCUUCAUAGCAACCAUCAAUAAUGCAUGGAGGAUUAAAGGCGACUUCUCUAUGGAUCUCUGGUAUAACUGCAACACCACAGCCUGCUAUGAUAUUCCCAAAAGUGCAACUUAUGACGCAGCAUAUCUUCAGGCAGUGCAGGCCACCAUGAUACUGGCCACCAUCUUGUGCUGUGUGGGAUUCUUUGUUUUCAUUCUUCAGCUCUUCCGUCUAAAGCAGGGAGAGAGAUUCGUCUUCACGGCCAUAAUUCAGCUUCUGUCUGCUUUCUGUGUGAUGACCGGUGCUUCUAUCUACACAGCAGAGGGCUUAACCUUCAAUGGCCAGGAGUUUAAGAAUGCAGAGUAUGGCUACUCCUUCGUUGUGGCCUGGGUCGCGUUCCCAAUGACGCUGCUGAGUGGCCUGAUGUAUCUAGUGCUGAGAAAACGCAAAUAAAAGUGCAACAUACCACCUCACCAUCUGCAGCCUUAGCCAAGACACUCGAAUUCUAAUAAAACUUGUUUUUAAAAGUAGAUAAAAACAGAAAAUUCACCACCGGUCUGAAGUCUGGGAUCAGUUUUUUGUUUUUUUUGUUUACAUUUUUCAAAGAAUUUUGCUCACCAUGACUGCAUUUAUUUGAUCAAAAAUACAGUAAAACUGUAUAAAUAGAUGUUAAAUAUUAAUUCUAUUUUAAAUGAGAGUUUUGUUAGUGAAAGUAGUUUAAAAUGUAAAUUAUUUCCAUGAUGAAAAGUGGAAUUUUCAGCAUCAUUACUUCAGUUUUUAGUAAUCCUUAUAUUAUGAUUCAUUCAUUGAUUUUCUUGUUGGCUUAGUCCUUUUAUUAAUCUGGGGUCGCCACAGCAGAAUGAACUGCCAACUUAUCCAGCAUAUAUUUUUAAGCAGCGGAUGCCCUUCCAGCUGCAACCCAUCACUGGGAAAUUAUAAUAUGAUUAUCAAGAAAAUUAUUAUUAUUAUUAUUAUUUUUAUUAUUAUUAUCAGAAUUGAAGUGCCUUAUCUUUUUGUAGAAACUGUAGCAGUCAGCACUAUACAUUCAGUUCCAUUCAUAAGUACAGUUACUAAUGUAUUUAAUUUUACUCUAAGGACCCAUUCAGUUUUACAACAGUGAAAUAAAUUUAUAAUGUUUAUAAAAUAAAUAAAACUAAUUUGUGAACGAAUCCUGUAAGGCAGCAAUAUGUUUCACAGUGCAGGAUUAAAUUACACUUUAACUACCACAUGCUAUUAUUAUAUUAUUUUUUUACAUAUCUUACUGUAUUAUUUAUUAAAUGAAUGCAGCCUUGAUGAGCAGAAGAUACUUCUUUUAAUUACAUUAAAAACAAAAGUCUUUUGACUGGUAGUGUACUUGCCAAAGUAAGUCAACUUGUAAUAUUACUCACUGCAUACUGGAAACAUAAUUAGAUUUUGUUAAGAGUGUCACAUUUUUUAGAAUCUUGUGAUUUAGAGAGGAAUAGAAUAAGACAGGAGAGGCAGAUAUAAUAGGACAUAUUUAUAAAAUGGAACCACUAUGGGCUUGACGUGAAUGGUGUGAAGUUGGCAGUUUGUAUUAAAUAACAUGUUAUUGUGAUAUUUCCGGGUCAUUGUGUGUGGCUGGGAAGAAGUCAUUAAAACCAACAAAAUAUGAAAUAUCGUGCUGCCAGUUUGCAGAGCACUAUAUCAUACUUGAAGCUGAACAAAUUGUCGAUAGUAGUGGCACGAUGUGUUCUCGUGUAUAGUUUUUGUUUUUAUGUAAAAUAGUCUUUUAGUGUUGACUAAUUAAUUAUAUUGCAUGUUUUUAUUUGUUUGCAGCAUUUAAUAUGAAAUCAUUAUUAACAUAAGUACAGAUCUGUAGGUUUUUUUUAGGCGUUGUGUUUGAUUAGGGCACUUGGGAUUUCUGUCAUAUUCAUGCAAAUAAUAACCGUAGGAUGAAGGUGUUGGUGAAGCACACCAGUGGUUUCAGUUUUCUUGUCUGAAAGGACCAGAUCACCCAGAAAUUAAAUUUACCUCACGAUAUAUUCUCCCUCAUGUGGUUUCAAACCUGUAUGAGUUUCUUUUUUCUGUUGAACAAAAAAAAAAAAAAGAUACUUUGAAAAAUGGUGUACCAUUGAUUCCAUAGUAGGAAAUAAAUUACCAUGGAAGCCUAUGGGUACCACCAACCAGCAUUCUUUAGAAGAACUUAAUCUGUGUUCAAUAGAAACUCAAAUAAGUAACAGGAGAAUAAAUGAUGACAGAUAUUUGAUUUUUGGGCGAACUAACCCUUUUAUAUUUUCGUCCUCAAAUCUGCUAUGGAAUUAAAAGCAACUAGCUAAAAUCAUUUAGGCGAAAGUGAAGUUAAGCUGUAUUUAUUAAGACUAACUGCAUUGUUGCUGUUAAUAUUGUUUUUUGUAAUGAAGUAUUAUAUCAACAGGCCUGAACAUGGUUGUUUAAUGCUCACUUUUCUGAAGGUUUAAUUCAUUUUAAAGAAGGCUUUUGUAAUCGGAAAUGAAACCACAAUGGCAGCUUUGUUUUUAAAUGUCUGCUGACUUGUUCAGGUCUGCUCUGUUUCUGGAGACUGAUCCCAUUAAGGGCUCAAUAUUGUUCUUUUUUAAAUCAAAUAAAUGUAUUUUACAUUAAAACAAA